CUCGACUCUUCAGACACAUCCUUCACAAUGAUUGGCCGUCACCAAAAGUACUGGCGCUCUCUUCCAGGGCCGAAGCUGCUCAAGCUGAUCAUCGCCGUCUCCGCAAUGGCCAUCGCCUAUGAAGGCAUGAGCCAGGGUGUGAUGGGUGCCGUCAACGUGGCACCAGAAUACGGUCAACGCAUGGGCUUUGCCGACGAAAAUGGUCACGUCAUCAAGCCUUCCUUGCAGGGCGGCAUCGUUGCCACAUACUACGCAGGGUCACUCUUCGGAGCCUUCUGGGCCGGUCAUCUCUCGGACAAACAUGGACGCACGUCUCGUAUCAAGGGUCUCUGGAUGGCCAUCUUCUGGUGCAUGCUCGGUGUCAUCCUCCAGUCCUCAGCCGUCAACCUCGCCCACAUGCUUGUCGCUCGUCUCUGCGCCGGUUGUGGUGUCGCCUUCAUCAUAGUCAUCGCCCCCGCUUGGACCGCCGAACUAUCGCCCGCAGCGCACAGAGGUCAGAACAUCGCCCUGACCUUCCUCGCAAACUUCUCUGGCAUCAGCCUGAGCUCGUGGAUCGGGUUUGGAACAUCCUUCAGCGACGCCGCGGGGGGCGCCUUCCGGUGGCGGUUCUGCUUCGCAACGCAGGCCAUCCCUCUCGCGUUCCUCUUCGUCGGCACCCUCCUCAUCCCUGAGUCGCCUAGGUGGCUGAUCAAGGUGGGCCGCCGCGAGGAGGCCCUCGAGAUCAUUGUCAAGAUCCGCGGCAACGAUGACCCAGACCACCCUGACGCCCUGCGCGAGUACCGCGAAAUCAUCACUGUCGUCGAGAUGGAGAAGGAGUCUGAAGACACAAAUUACGUCAGGAUGUUCUUAGGGAUCGGCUCAGGUGAUAUCCACAUCGGCCGCCGCAUCCAACUCGCAUUUUGGCUGCAGGUUCUCAUGCAGUACGGCACGGGUAUCGCCGCUGUCGUCAUCUACUCGGGUACCAUUUUCCGCACCGCGGGUUUCGACGACCUCAAGAGCAACUGGCUUUCGGCUCUGCUCAUGAUGACAGGCAUCCUUGGCACCGCCAUUGCCGCCUUCACCCUCGACCGCGUCGGCCGCAGACGCACCCUCUAUUGGGGCGCCGUCGUGCUCAGCAUUGUGCUUUUCGCCAUCGGCGCCCUGAGCCGCGGUGCCAUCGACCAUCCGGACCGCAAGGAACAAUACGGUACCGCAUCCGCCGCCAUGGUCUUUGUCUACGUGCUCAUCUUCAGCUCCUCGUGGCUCAUGAUCCCCUUCAUCUACCCGACCGAGAUCUUUCCCACUUGGCUGCGGGCUAAGGGCAACGCCUUCGGUGUGGCCGGCUGGGCCAUCGGCUUCGGCGGUGGCUCGUUGCUGGUGCCCAUCAUGUUUGCAGGCAUUGGCGAGAAAACGUUCUACGUCUUUGGUGCGGCCAUGUUCGCGUACAUCCCCAUCAUCUACUGCUUCUUCCCCGAAACAUAUGGCCGCACGCUCGAGGCCAUCGACUUUUUGUUUGCAAGCAAAAGCCCCUUCACCUGGGACGAGGAGGCCGAGUUCGCCAAGCGUAUGGCCGAGCUGGACGCGAGCGUACAGGGGAGCGGUAAGGAGACGGACUCGUGCGAGGAGAAGGCCAGGGCUGUCCUUGUUGAUGAGGUAUGAGACUUGAGCCUCGAGUCGGCAGGUGGACUGGCGUCUCCAGCAAUGUACACUGCUGAAGGAGGGACACUACCCGCACAUUGCAGCCUGAUAUACCUAAUGUGAAGGCUAAGUAAGAAACAGCGUGACGGCCAGUCAAUCGAUUGGAAGCAUCAAACUUGCUCAGAAGUUCCGUAGAACUGGAAUAUAACAAUUGCCCUGGCAGAUUGCCC